CCAGCUCUUCCGCCAGCCCACCCACAGCCGGAACGACGCGCAAGCAGAGCAGGCCACCACCCAAACGGCUAUAAUUAGACACGACGGUUCCCAUAAUCCCCUUGCUCUUGCCUCCUCCUAUCUCUCACCUCCCACCCCACGCGCAAACACAACCCUCGUAUUUCCGCGUAUUCCCACACAACACCCUCCUUCCUCUAUACGAACUCCGACAGCGCCGAGCCGUGUCGACCGCAAACAAUUAGCCCACACCUCGAGGACACCAGCGCAAAAACACCGCCCGCCACCGGGGCGCCCAAGAGACCGCCGCCGGCCGAUCGGAGCACCAUUGGAGUCGCGCGCGCCUCUCCCCGCCUGCUCCGCGCGUCCGGGCGCUGACCCGUUCGUCCGGCCGUGCUGCCGCGAUGGACGCCGCCGGCUACUACACCAACUGCAAGAAGACCGACGGAAUCUGCGAGGGCAUCUGCGACGGCGAGCAUGGUUCAAAAUCUGUUCUGAGCAUGUCAAGGCUGAAGUGCGCCCUUCGGGGGUUUGAUUUAAAGGCCCUUCUGUUCCUGCUGAUUGGUGUGCCAAUUAUAAUCUUCGUCAUAUAUGUUCAUGGCCAGAAGGUCACUUAUUUCCUCAGACCUAUCUGGGAGAAGCCCCCGAAGCCUUUCACAGUACUUCCUCAUUACUAUCAUGAAAAUGUUUCAAUGGCGAACCUCUGCAAGUUGCAUGGAUGGAAGGUCCGGGAGGCUCCACGGCGUGUCUUUGACGCGGUGCUUUUCAGCAACGAGCUCGACAUUCUUGAUAUCCGUUGGCACGAGCUUAGCCCGUAUGUGUCAGAAUUUGUGCUGCUCGAGUCCAAUUCAACCUUUACUGGCCUGGAAAAGAAGCUCCACUUCAAGGAAAACCGCCAAAAGUUUGAGUUUGCUGAAUCACGGUUGACCUAUGGUAUGAUAGGGGGAAGGUUUGUGAAGGGGGAGAACCCAUUUGUCGAGGAAUCCUAUCAGAGAGUCGCGCUUGACCAGCUUCUAAAGAUCGCCGGAAUCACUGACGAUGACCUGUUGAUUAUGUCUGAUGUUGAUGAGAUCCCAAGUGGUCAUACAAUCAACCUGUUGAGAUGGUGCGAUGAUACGCCUGAGAUACUUCACCUUCAGCUGCGGAACUAUCUCUACUCGUUUGAAUUCUUCCUUGAUGAUAAGAGCUGGAGAGCUUCGAUACACAGAUACCGAGCGGGGAAGACGAGGUACGCCCAUUACCGGCAAACUGACGAGCUUUUGGCGGACUCAGGGUGGCACUGCAGCUUUUGCUUUCGGUACAUAAAUGAUUUUGUCUUCAAAAUGAAAGCCUAUAGCCAUGUGGACCGGAUCAGAUUCAGCUACUUCUUGAACCCCAAAAGAAUUCAGCAUGUGAUAUGCCAAGGGGCUGAUCUCUUUGAUAUGCUUCCGGAGGAGUACACGUUCCAAGAGAUCAUCGCCAAGCUUGGGCCGAUUCCGAGCACGUAUUCGGCCGUUCAUCUUCCCGCCUAUCUACUUGAGAAAUUCGACCAGUACAGAUAUCUUCUUCCUGGCAACUGCAUGAGAGAGAGUGGGUAGCCUUAGCGUUUGUAUUUGAUACCAAUGGGCUGGCUGACUUAGUUGGGGUGGCGUUUCGGUUGAGUUCAUGAUUUUGUACCAUGUAAUUCAUCAUUCAAAACAAUGGAAGAGGGGCCUGCCUGACAGCAUAGCGCAUGCUCGGUGGCUGCGUGCUUGUUUUAGUUUUGAAAGAGGAGCUUAGCAGUGUGUGUGCUUACCACCUGAGUCUCUUGUUGAUUCAUUGCUUCCAUGAUUGAUUUAUGAACUCAGAAAAUAUAUUGUAGAUUAUUUGUCUCUUGUUGA